UUCAGCUCUUGUCAUUCUCUCCUCUUUCACCUCAGCAUUACAUAACAAACUCUCUUGGUAAAAAGGUUAUUUUGAUAUAAACUAUCAAUUUUUAGGAUCAUGGAGGGUUGUAUGAUCAAGUGGAGUGCAGUGGGACUUCAUUAGUUGCCUACAAUCAAAUAUAACUUGGUGAUUAUUGAGGUUUUUCAUCAUCCUGUAACGGCAUAAGGUGCUUGAGACACCUCAUCUUUAGCAUUUGAAAUGACCUUCCUAGCCACUAUGAGUCCUUUUUCCCUCCAAUUUUUUGUUACUUUGUUUGUCUUUAACCUUUUCACACCGCAUGUCACACAAUCUCUUGAAGGCCGAGCUCUACUAGAAUUCAAAAAGCAACUCAUUGACCCCUUACAUCACCUGGAUUCAUGGAGAGCCUCGAACCCUCCUUGCCAAUUCUUUGGAGUUUCUUGUGACAAGAAUACGGGGAAAGUUACUGGGAUUACACUCGAAAGUAAGUCUCUGGCGGGCCACAUUUCCCCGUCGAUUUCAGUGCUCCAAAGUUUGAGUGUUCUAGUGCUACCGUUAAAUUCAAUAAUGGGAGUUAUUCCAGCAGAUUUGGCCAGCUGCAGCAAACUCAAAGUUUUGAAUGUCACUAGAAACAAAAUGAAUGGUAGCUUGCCUGAUCUAUCGAAACUCAUAGACCUGGAGGUUUUAGAUUUAUCAGGCAAUCAAUUUUCUGGGAGGUUCCCAACUUGGGUCGGGAAUUUGACUAAUUUAGUGGCACUUGGACUUGGUCAUAACAAUUACGAACAGGGUGAAAUUCCAGAGAGGAUCGGAUAUCUUAAAAACUUGACUUGGCUAUAUCUGUCCGGAUCCAAUUUGAGUGGUGAAAUUCCUGAAUCGAUUUUCAAUCUACAAGCUUUAGAAACAUUGGACAUUUGCAAGAACAUGAUUACGGGGAGCUUGCCAAAACGGUUAUGGAAACUACGAAAGAUCAAGAAAAUUGAGCUGUAUGAGAACCAGUUGACUGGUCGUAUCCCUCCUCAACUUGCAACCCUCAACCUCUUAGAGGAGUUCGACAUUUCAUCCAACCAGAUGUAUGGAACAUUGCCUCCACAAAUUGGAAAUAUGAAGAAUUUGACAGUUUUUCAGUUAUAUAAGAACAACUUUUCUGGAGAACUUCCUCGUGGAUUCAGUGAUAUGCAUAAUCUGGUAAACUUUUCCAUUUAUAAAAACAGUUUUUCAGGAGCAUUCCCAGAAAACCUCGGAAGGUUUUCACCACUGAUUACUAUUGACAUUUCCGAGAACAAAUUUAAAGGCUACCUUCCAAAAUUUAUGUGUACAAAUGGAAAUUUACAAUUCUUGCUGGCUGGAGAGAACAAUUUCUCCGGGGAGGUAUCUGAUAAUUAUGCAAGGUGCAAGUCUCUUAUCAGGUUGAGAAUUAACAAGAACCAGCUCUCUGGAAAAAUUCCAGAUGGUUUAUGGGCAUUGCCUUCUGCAACAAUAAUAGAUUUUAGUGAUAAUGAUUUUAGUGGAGGAAUCGCUACAGAUAUUGGGAACGCAAUCACAUUGGGUGAGCUACUUUUGAUGAACAAUAGGUUUUCAGGUAAUCUGCCUAAAGAACUCGGCAAACUCACAAACCUCCAAAAGCUUGAUUUGAGCAAUAAUUAUUUCUGCGGAACAAUACCCUCAGGCAUCAGUGCCCUGAAGCAAUUAUCUUAUUUGCAUCUGAAAGACAACCUAUUUACAGGAGCAAUACCAGCAGAUUUGAGUAAAUGUUCUGCGCUGGUUGACUUAAAUCUUGCUUCCAACUCUUUGACUUUUGAAAUUCCAGAAAGUUUCUCACAAAUAAGCUCAUUAAACUCCCUGAACCUUUCAAGAAACAAGCUCAGUGGCUCCAUUCCAAAAGAUCUUGAGAAAUUGAAGCUGAGCAGCAUCGACUUUUCUAACAACCACCUGUCCGGUAAAAUUCACUCUGAUCUCUUGAGGAUGGGAGGAGGCCAAGCAUUUGUUGGGAACAAGAAACUUUGCGUAAGUCAAUAUAUGAACAGUCAAAGGAAUCUCAGGUUAAAUGCUUGUGAAAAGAAAUAUAAGCAUAUUUACAAACACAUGAUUGUUAUUUUCUCACUUACCUUUGUGUGCGUGGUGAGCGGAUUACUGGUUUUGUGUUAUAAAUAUAUUAUACGCGAAGAAAAUGACACUACAAAAGACCUUGAAAAGAAGGUAGUAGAUUCUCAGUGGAAGAUCGAGAUUUUCCAUCCAGUGCAGUUUGAUGCUGAGGAUAUAUGCAAUGUGAGUGAAGAUAAUUUGAUAGGCACUGGAAGCACAGGGAAAGUCUAUCGACUUGAUACAGAGAAAGCGGAAGGUGUGGUGGCAGUGAAGCAACUCUGGGAGGGGAAGGCAAAUAAGGUACUGGCAGCAGAAAUCGAGAUUCUGGGAAAGAUUAGGCAUAGAAAUAUUUUGAAGCUAUACGCCUGGCUAACAAACAGAGCUUCAAAUUUCCUUGUAUUCGAGUACAUGGUAAAUGGGAAUCUGUUUCAAGCAUUACACCGCACAAUGGAAGAUGGAAGGCCACUACUGGAUUGGAAUCGAAGAUACAGGAUCGCAAUAGGAGCUGCAAGAGGAAUAUAUUAUCUUCACUCUGAUUGUUCCCCCGCAAUCAUUCAUAGAGAUAUUAAAUCAGCUAAUAUUUUACUUGACGAGGAUUAUGAGGCAAAGAUUGCAGAUUUUGGGGUAGCAAAGGUUGUGGAUGACUCACUUAAUGAUUCUGGUUCCAACUGUUUUGCUGGUACUCAUGGUUACAUUGCUCCUGAGCUGGCUUACACUCCAAAAAUGACGGAAAAGUGUGACGUUUAUAGUUUUGGAGUUGUGUUACUAGAGCUAGUGACCGGUAGGAAGGCAUUAGAGGAGAUUAAUGGAGAACAGAGAGAUAUAGUUACUUGGGUUUCAGCAUACCUUGACCGCUACCAACAAGUCUUUGAAGUUCUUGAUCAUAAGCUAUGUUUAGACCAUCAUGAAAAUGAGAUGACGAAGGUUUUGAAGAUUUCAACACUUUGCACCAGAAAACGCCCCAGCUUGCGCCCUGAUAUGAGAGAUGUGGUCAAGAUGCUAAUUGACGCCAAACAUCCCGGUUUCAAGCUCAAGGAGAAACAUGUCACCGGUUAAAACAUCUCUGUAUAGUUUCGGCCUGGAGUGGGUCUGUUUGUUUAGCUGUUAUUUUCUUAAGUUGAAGUCAGUUCCACUGUCUGUUUUGUAAUGUAAAUAAACCAUGUGUAAAAUAAAUAAACUUUGCAUGUGUUUCAUUUCCG